GCAGACCAAGAAGAGUUCUGAAGAACAGGGUCCUCACAGGUUCUGGUACUGUUUGAAGCCUUUGAUCCACAUCAGUUUGGCCAUCCUGUCCUGUGGGAAUGUGAACUCCACUGCAAGCAGGCUCUCCCUUUCCCCUGAGGCUCUCUGGUGCACAGCUGUUCUUAGCAGGCUGAUGAAGGGUGACACUAUAUAGAAUAUUUCAGCUGGGAAGUACCUACAAUGCUCACCUCCUGGAACUGCCUGUUAAGGGCAUAGUCUAAAUCUAUGCCUCUCAAAGGCUGCCAGGCUUGGAGCAUCAACCACCUCUCUCUUCCAGGGUCUGACCACUGUUGCCUGCAGUAUUUGUGCAGCAGUUAUGCAAACUGUUCCUGAGAGAGCUUUCUGGAGGUGUGGGCCCUUGAUCUCCUUGUGCUGAGUCUGGCUAAGUGUGGUAACCUACUUCCCUGCAUCCUCUGCUUUUGCCUGGAUUCUCAGUACUGUGGUGGGACAUGUUUCAGCUGCUUUGAUUCUGACCGAAUGGUCUUUCCUGCAUCUCCUUCGUGGUUUUGGUGACACUGGGCCAGUCUGCAACGUUCUAGGAGCAUUGGUUGGAGAACAUGGGAUCUAGUAGUUCUGUAAAUGCCAACUACAAGUACUCCCUGCAGAAGUCUGAAAAUGCUUUCAAGGCAGCUGUCCUGAUCCAGCGGUGGUAUCGGCGCCACGUUGCUCGGCUGGAAAUGCGCCGGCGUUGCACCUGGAGAAUCUUCCAGUCCAUUGAGUAUGCCUGCGAGCAGGAUCAGAUCAAGCUUCAUAACUUCUUCAGUUACCUCAUGGACCACUUCACGCCAAGCAGCAGUAAAGAGAGGGAUUUCAUCAGUCGCAUGUUCAUAACUGGGGAAAGCUUCAAAGAGGCAGAGCUGGAAAAAUACUGUGACUAUGAAUCAAUGGAGGUGCCAGACUCGUACACUGGACCCCAUCUCUCCUUCCCACUCCUUCCUGACCAUGCGACUGCCUUGCUGGAAGCUUUCAAACAGAAACAACAGCUCCAUGCUCGCUACGUCUUAAACCUGCUGAGUGAGACCAGGAAGCACCUCAAGCAGUUGCCAAACAUCAGUCAUGUCUCCACUUGCUAUAGCGAGGAGGUCACCGUGUGCGGAGACUUGCACGGACAGCUGGAUGACUUGUUCCUCAUAUUUUACAAGAAUGGCCUUCCUUCCCCUUCCAAGUCCUAUGUGUUCAAUGGGGACUUUGUAGACAGAGGCAAACAGUCCCUCGAGAUCCUCAUCAUCCUCUUUACCUUCCUCUUGAUCUAUCCAAAGGAGGUUCAUCUCAACCGCGGGAACCAUGAGGACCACAUGGUCAACUUACGCUAUGGUUUCACCAAGGAAGUAAUGCAGAAAUACAAGGUGCAUGGAAAGAAAAUCUUGAAGAUGAUUCAUAAUGUCUUCUGCUGGCUACCCCUUGCCACCCUGAUUGAUCAGAAAGUCCUCAUUAUACACGGGGGCAUCUCUGACACCACUGACCUGGACAUGCUUGAGAAAAUUAAAAGGAACAAAUUUAUUUCUGUAUUAAGAGGAAAGGCAAGAAAGGAGUCAAAUACAAAUGUGGAAAUACAGGAAAUAAAUGGGGAGAGCAAAGUAGAGGCUGAGCCAGCAGCAAAUGAGGCAGAGACCAGUUUACCUCUGCAGCCCCGGCCAUCCCAGGCUCCCAGCACGGCCAACAAGCUGGAGUUCUCCAGGUGGGUCCGGCAGACAGUGCAGGAGCAGAUCGAGUGGUGCCGCCGACUGGUGGACAUCAGCGAGUCAGAGGAGGAUGAGCCCACCUAUUCCAGCAUGGUCUCCUUGACGGAUCUGGAUGGGCCAUGCUGGACUCGCCAGGAGGAGUGGAAGCAGAUUUUAGACAUUCUCUGGAGUGACCCGAUGCCUCAGGAGGGCUGCACAGUAAAUACAGUGCGAGGUGGUGGCUGCUACUUUGGGCCUGACGUGACAGGGAAGAUCCUUGAGAAGUACAACCUGCAGUUCCUCAUCCGCUCCCACGAGUGCAAGCAAGAGGGCUACGAGUUCUGCCACAACCGGAAGGUGCUGACCAUAUUUUCAGCCUCGAACUACUAUGAGAUUGGCAGCAACAGGGGAGCCUAUGUGAAGCUGGGACCAGACCUUGUCCCCCAUUUUGUUCAGUACCAGGCGAACAAGACAGCCCAUACUCUCACUAUGACACAAAGAAUCAGCAGAGUAGAGGAGUCAGCCUUUCGAGCCUUGCGGGAAAAGCUCUUUGCUCACACCUCAGCACUCAUCAGCACGUUCAAGACCUAUGAUAAGGACAAUACAGGAAGGAUCACACUGAGCAACUGGGCAACAGCAGUGGAGUCAGUCUUGCAGCUGGGGCUGCCCUGGCGAAUGCUGAGGCCGCAGCUGGUGCGCAGCACGGUGGACGGCACGCUGGAGUACAAGGGCUGGCUCGACGACUUGGCCCUGGAACAGCGGAGCCAAGAGCACAUCCAGUCAAGCUUGCUGGAAGUCAUUUAUCGAAACAGAUCCAACUUGGAGACCAUAUUCAGGAUCAUAGACAGAGAUCAUUCAGGUCUCAUCUCAUUCGAGGAGUUCCACCAAACCUGGAAGCUGUUCAGCUCCCACAUGAACAUUGAACUCACAGAUGAUGGCAUCAACGACCUAGUUUGCAGCAUUGAUUUCAAUAAGGAUGGAAACAUCGACUUCAACGAGUUCCUCGAAGCCUUCCGCCUUGUCAGGCAGUCACAGUAGGGAGAACCUGAGAAGGGUUGCCAUACAGGCUCUAGGAUCUUUUUCUAUCUUUCACAUGUUAUGAAUGGAAUUUUAUUUUUUUUUUGGGGGGGUGGGCUAAUGAACAAAGUUAUUCUGCCUGGAUGGUGUUUGAGUUGUUUCUGCUGUACAAACUCCUACUGCAGAGAAUCCUGUAUCUUUGUUUCAGUGAUUUUUGUCAUGAGGAAAAAUGGCAGCUCUCUCUCCACUGCAUGUAAUAGCCAGCUGCUCUGCAGUACUUGGUACCAGCUGGAUUUAAGGGAAGUGACCUUUUAGUUUAGUUUGGGGACUGAGGCAGCUAAGCAGCUCUGUAGCGUUGGGUUUGAUAGCCUGUUACCUGCAGUGCCUGGAGGAGAGUGGAGUUGUUGGCAGUUCCCUUGCUUUGAUGAUGAAGCUAAGAAAGAGCCAACACUGUGCAGAAGUUAUUA